UUCCUCACCCCCGGGUCUCUUUGGAGUCUUGCUGACCGCGGGGCUACAUUCAUCCCAGAGCCCGUGGGUGAGCGUCAGGUCUUCCCACACAGGAGUCACUAUGAACAGCAUGAAGUUGGCGUGUGUCCUCGUCUGUCUCACGGUCUGCGUGUUUGGGGCGUCCGCCCAGUUGUACGACCGCCUGUUCCGGACGUUGAUGAAGGGCUACACCAGGGACGUCAUGCCCCGCACCUCCGUCAACUCCACCAUCAACGUCAAGUUUAACCUGCAGCUCAUACAGGUUCAUGAAUUGAGCGUAUCCUUCCAGCUAUUGAAGACGGAGGUGUGGUUGACGUUGUCGUGGCAGGACCCGCGCCUGAGAUGGGAUCCCGCAGAGUUCAACAACGUUCAGAAAAUGGCCGUCCCUGCAGGCAAGGUGUGGAUCCCUGACAUCAUGCUGUAUAACGGGGCGUCUGGUAUCCGCGCUGCCACAGUCCAAGCGUUGGUCUACAGUGACGGAAGUGUGUUUCUUAUCCGACCAGCCACUAUCAGGUCGCGCUGCCCCGUCCUCCCAGGAAGUGACCCCACCACAUGCACCCUCAAGUUCGGAUCCUGGGUUCACAACGGAAAUGAACUCGAUCUUGAUUUCCAAGGGGAGCAUAAGGCUGACCUCACUGACUAUGUCCCCAACUACGACUUCGACAUCGUAAACAACACUGCUGUGCGCAACGUCAUCCUCUACGACUGCUGCCCGGAACAGUACAUCGACCUCUCCUACAAGCUGACCUUCAGGCCUGCAGCACUGAGGAGGAGAAGGAGGCGAUAGACGUCGCCUGCAGCGUCUGCUAACCUGGUAUCAAAUAGUACUGAAAGCAUUCAUUUUUGUAGUCAUGGAGAAUCUGUUACCUUCCGUAGAAAGAUUCAGAUGACACGUUCCCCAUUAACAAAUACAAGGGAAUCACGUGUUCCAUGAUUUUCAGUAUAGGCGCAUUACAGUAUACAUUGUGUACCUUUUAACCUUGUCGAUUUAGAUAGAACUGAGAGUAUAAACAGAAUCUUGAUACAGCGUUCAACAAAAAACGAGGAAAAGGACACUGAUUUGAUUGUUGAGGGGACUUAUGUGUGUCUUGCUUGCUUUACUAAUCGUAAUACAGAAUAGUAGGGAGGCAUGACUGACAAGCCCAUUCCUUCAUGCGGGUAUUUACGGCAGGGUUGUCUCAGUGUUGAGCAUGUGUCCUUUACAUUCAUAUACGGAUAAAUAAAAAAGGUUAAAACCAAA